AUGGUUCACAUCAUGGUUUACAUCAUGGUUCACAUGCACCUAAUCCUCUUCUACGCCUUCGCCAGCGGCAACUACGCCCUAAGUAUCAGCAGCAAGGCGGAUAGCACUCUGCUUACUCCUCGUGCCGAGGGCGUACCCAACAGUAGCAACGGCCAUGACGACAUAAGCGCCAGGGACUUCUACCCAGGCUUCAACAACACUUGCAGCAGUUGGCACAUCGAGCCCGCCCAAGACAACACCCAGCUGUAUCUCGUUGCGCGGUGCACGGGAGGUGAUCCUGCUGUGAGCGAGGGAAAAGUGUGCUCGCAGAUCGGACUGGAAGAGUGCUACUAUGAGUUUGAAGGCUGGCUCUACCGCACCGAAGAUCCCAAGUCCAUUCCGAAGGACCGGCCCAUCCUCAAUUCCGCGCGCACGAACACCGAUCUCGAUGCCGCAGCAACAACCAGCGCGGCCACCGCUUCCAACGCAGAAGAGAUCCCUGCCGCCCGCCGCAACGGCGACGACAACAACAACAUGGAUUGGUACCCAGACCCGUGCCACUUUGCCACUCUCGACAAGGUCGGGGACCCGGACGACCCGAACCUGAUCCCGCGGCAUUUGCGGUGGCAGUGCGAGGGCGCGCUGUCAUGGCCGCCCGGGUACUCGGGCAGAAAGCUGCAGGACCUUGCACUCACCGUAGGCAACAAC